AUGGUCAAUGUUGUUCCUCCAGAUGAGCACCUUUGCCCCAAAGGAGCCCAGGUCCAUCUGGCCAGUCUGCAAUGCUAUUGGCUGUCAGAGUCAGCGACAUCAUGGCUGGAGGCGAAGGGUAUCUGUCGUCAGGUGAAGGGUGGGGAUCUAGCCACAGUCCGAAGCACUGAAACUCAGACAUUCAUCCGCAACUCCUUCCCAUCAAAAUCCACUGAGUGGGUCUGGCUGAGGGAUGGCAGGGGAGAAGGGCCGGAUAGAAGCGAGGGUUUGGGAACAGAAAGUCACCCUGGGUGGGACAGGGACAGGGAGAGCCUGGGGGGCUGUACCCAGAUGGCCCUGGGUUCACCAGGACAGAGGAGGAAGACAGUGUGUGAUGGACAGUACCUCUUCCUCUGUGAUAAGGUGGUUACAGUUUCCCUGCCUUCGUUAGACAGCUACCUCACAGGUGUUCCUCUCAUGUCGGGUGUGUACGCCAGGUCACAGCUACAAGUCCUCCCUACAGUCCCAGACCCUGACCAAAAGAGAGUGGAGAUGCUGCUGUUUCCUGGGCUGUGGUUCAGCCAUGCUGGCCAGGUGGUAUCAGUGGAGCUGGUCAGCCAGCCCAGAGAAGUGUCCACCUUGGUCAGAGUUCAGAUCCUCCGGCCCUACUGCAGCCCCCACCAUCACCUGGUGCCCCCAGGUUGCAGUUCUCUCCUGAACCCGUUCAGUUGUUGCUCUAUCACCCCUCUGUGUAACACUACGGGAGGCUGUGCCCUGGGACAGUACUGGUGCCACCUGUUGGAGGCCUGUGUCCCUGUCACCAGCCCCUGCAGUCCCUACAACCAGUCCCCCUCUACAGCGGAGCGCAGCUACCCCCUGCCCCCCAGAUACCCUGACAUACCCCCCUUUUACCACCUGGUGGCAGACCUGCCCAUGAGAUCGAAUCAAUGAAAUUCAAAUAACUUUGCUUCAUUCUCUCUCUGUCAGAUCCUGCCAGAGAGGGAGAUCAGUGUUUACCCCGAUGACAUUCUGUCCAUCCAACACACCGGGAGACCUGGAACCUUCCUGAGUUGCCGCGACAACGCCUCCUCAUCCUCCUCCCCCUGGCGACAAAGCUACCUCUCCCUGCAAGGGGCGGAGUGGGGGGGCUGGUGGGAGGGGGGCCUCUCGUCCCCGCCGGAUGGAGGGCAGUGGGUGGACGGGGUGGUGUGUGACCUACGGGUGCUGUACGUCGACACACUGCACGGGCAUGGCUAUAUUUCAAGUACGGGCAAGAGUGAACUUAGUGGCUUCACUCACAUUGGGAACAUCAGUACGCCCAUAAGUAUGACCCCUGAAACCUCAGCUCCUGCCCCAGCAAAAAGUCACAUUUCUGGCCUUUGUAUGAUCCAUCCUCUGCCUGAUGGAGACAACCAGAUCCAUAUAUUGGUUGACACUCCUAUACUCAUUGUGGUUAAAAUAUUCUCUGGAAAAGGGGCCACCAGCUCCUGGUUGGCUCCGGUGCUCCAGACAGGGGUCCCCUUCCUCCCGUCCUGCCCAGGAGAGUUACCUGACUCCUGGCCUGGUUGUGAGAGAGACUACCUUGACAGCUGGUUCUCCCACAUGUCCCUGGUGCUACCCUCAGUGGGCGUCCACACUCUAAACGUCAGUGCUGUGAAUGGAGUGAGUGAACAGAGUACCUGUGUACAGGUGUGUGUCUAUGAGCCGGUGGCUGGGCUCAGUGUAGAGCCACAUGGACAUCUGAGGAUGCUGGUGGACUUGUCACAGGCAUUUACAGCCACGGCAGAGACUGGUUCCUCAGUAAAGUACACCUGGGUGAUUGACGAGCUGGAUAACUUUUCCUAUGAGGGAGACACCUAUAGUGUGAUGUUCAAGAAGCCAGCUGAGUACAAACUGAAGACCCUAGAGGUCACUCUGACUGCUGACACCAUGACCCCUCUGGCAGACCCAGAAUUUCUCUCUGUCAAGGAGGUUAUCGCUGUGGCCGCACUGCGUCUCUACACUUUCAGGGUCAAAGUUGAUGUCUCCCUAGGCGUCACUUUCAGGUGGUCUUUUGGGGAUGGCAGUGCCCAGGAAAACCACACCUUUCCUGCCCUGUCUGAGUCCCAGGACAGGCCAGUGGAGCGAGGAGUGAGACAGGUGUAUGUGCAAGACUCUGUGAGCCACGUCUACCUACAGCCAGAUGACUACACACUGACUGUACAGGUCUACAACCAAUACGACAACAUCAAGGGGGCCAUAUCACUGAAGGUACGGCCUCCAUUGACUCGUAUACUCAUCUCUCCAUCUCCUCCGGUUCCCCUGGUCAACCAGACCUUUCUUCUAGAAGCCACUUCACACCCAUCUCACGACGGAAUCCUUUACACUUGGAACUUUGGGGACGGUUCAAAAGAAGUCCAAGGAUUCCACGGCAAAGUUACCCAUGUUGCUCGGACCACUGGGGUUUAUAACAUGACCGUGUGCGCUAACAACACCUUGACUGCACUGACAGCCUGGGUAGCUGUGGCAGUGGUGGAGAAGGUAUCUGGUCUCCAGUUGAGCUGUAGUGGACCCAGUGAACUGAAGUCUGUAACUGAAAUCAAGGGCAAAGUGGCUUCAGGUUCCAGUCUUCACUGGGACUGGACCUUUGGUGAUGGGUCUGGACAUAAAAACAUCACAGACAACUCUGUAUCCCAUGUCUACGAGUCCCCAGGGAGUUACACGGUCAAAGUGACUGUGUCUAACGCAGUCAGCCAGGCUAGCCAGUCCAUCCGUCUGGAAAUCUACAGGUUGACCAUCAGUGGAAUUCUGCCAUCGGAGUGUUCCGAGACAGAGAAAGAGAUACAGCUCCAAGCACUGGUGAACGGAAAUGUUUCCAUGCUGACUUUCCAUUGGAAUUUCGGGGAUGGAUCACCUUUGUCAGUACAGAAUGGAAAUUCUGUUGUUACUCACACUUAUUCAAACUCUGGGGUUUAUAACGUUAACGUAACUGUUCUCAGUAUAGUAGGAUAUGUCUUUUAUGAUGCCAACGUUUGCAUUGAGGCCCCCAUUACUGGGAUAACCAUCCACCCAUCACAGGAUGCUGUGGCAGUAGGAAAAGAGGUGUGUUUUAAUGCAGUUGCUGCCCCCAAAAGACAGCCCACUGGAUAUCAGUUUCUGUGGUUCAAUCAUUCAUCCAACAGCUCUCCUAUAAGAGGACUGGCUCAUCAUUGCUUUGUGUAUAAGGAGGAAGGGAUCCAUGAUGUUUCAGUGAUGGCAAGUAACAAAGUCAGCCAGAGCAUAGCCAAAGCCACUGUUGCUGUGCAGCAGCCUGUGAGUAAACCAUCCAUAGCACACAGCAGUCAAAGCAACACACUGACUGUCAAUGAGAAGAUGACACUUUGGGUCAAGCGUUGCCCUGGGACCAAUGUUUCUGUGCAGUGGGACUUUGGUGACGGCUCACCACUGGCAAAGAGUCAAAAUGUUUCCCAUGUCUUUACCUCCGCUGGCAGGUUUACAGUCAAGGCCACAGCUUCUAAUGCAGUUAGCCUGGAUUCUGUUAACCUGGAAGUGAACGUACUGCUUCCUGUGUCAGACCUGAAGCUGAAAAUCAGCCAGCCAUUUGCAGUAGUAGGGGAAAAGACUGUCAUAACAGCAGUUGGCAAUGUUUCAGGUAAUGUCAAUUUCUACUGGUCAGUGGAUGGCACUGAUACCACUGAGCUUGGGAUGUCUCACUUUCAGUAUGUGUUUCUUAAAGCAGGUGUGUAUCAGGUCAAAGUCACAGCCCAGAACCUGGUGAGCCAACAGGAGGCAGCCAUUUUGAUUAUAGUUUUAGAGAGAAUACAAGGGCUUCAAUUCUCAAGUCUGAGCCUGACAUCCAUUAGCUACAUACCAACCAGAGAGAGUGUCUUGCUCACUGCGUCAGUAACACAUGGCUCCAAUGUCACUUACCAUUGGCUAGCCAACCAGAGAGGUGUGACCCAAACUGGCAGUGUUGGUGAGCAAUUUGUGUGGUACACUGAAACUCCAGGUAAUAUAUCUGUUGAGUUGACAGCUUCCAACGGACUUGGUAAGACGACCAGACGUGUUUCUCUAAAGGCAGUAGAGCGAGUUUCAGGGGCUAGAAUGUCAACAGCUAGAGACACCAUACCAUUAGGGAAGUAUAUCAACAUCUCUGUAACUGUGGAGACUGGAUCUGACCUCCAGUAUCUCUGGAAUGUGAACUCAGACCUUUCCCCCUUACAGACUGAUGUUCCUUUUCUUCUUUACAUGUUUGAGACUCUGGGUUCUGGUUCUGUCAGUGUGUCGGUCCAGAAUGUUCUCAGUUCAAGCAACGCCACCAAACAUUUCACAGUUCAGGAGGAGGUUAGAGAGGCAGACUUUCAGGUAGGUGGCAAGACACAUCCAUUCUUUAUAACGUCCAAUACUCAAGUUGCACUCUAUGGAUAUGUCAAUAAAGGGAAUGAUCGGCACUGGGAGUGGAAAGUUGUUGGGUGUACUGGAGGUGCUGUGGUUUUGGACAACAAUCAGUCAGUUAUCUAUACCUUUACAGAUGUAGGGGUCUAUAAUGUCUCUCUGAACGUCUCUAAUGAUAUUAGCUGGCAGGCAGUCUCACACAGAGCCACCAUCCAGGAUGCUAUUCAGGGCUUGACUCUAAACCUUAGCAGGUCUACGGUCUGCGCUGAAGAUCAUAUUGCUUUUACACCAUUCGUUUCCAAAGGAACCAAUGUCAGCUUCUCUUUAGCCUUUGACGAAGUUGAGCCAUCAUAUGACCUUGUUGAGGUAAGCUUCACCACCUCCACCCUCCCAGUUGGGUCUCACUCUGUCACAGCCCGAGCCUGGAACCAGGUGAGCAACUCCCAGGUGUCAUUGACCGUCCAGGUGGUUGAGAGGAUCGGGGGCCUACGACUGGUCAACUGCUGUUCCACUGCUCUAGAAGCUCUAAAGGAGGUCCCUUUCCAAGCAAAUGUCAUGAGUGGUUCUCCAACCGAUUACACCUGGACGAUCCAAUUAGAAGGGAUCCAGCCCUUACAUGUCAUUGGACAGGAAGUGAUGUAUAUCUCACCCGGAAGUGGUUCGUUGUCUGUGGGUGUGAUGGCUAGCAAUGGCUUCUGCUCUGAAACCCUGAAUGAGACAGCCAUUGUUCAGUUGCCCGUGAGGGAGGUCACGAUUGUUUGUGAUUCUACAGAAACCUUUAGAGGCUAUAGUGUCAGAUUCUCAGUCAGAGUAGAUGGUGGCAGCAAUUUGAGGUUUCAAUGGGGCUUUGGAGACUCAAGUGAAGGAGUUGUCAUCACAAAAUCCAAUACAGUGGACCACACAUAUCUCACUGCUGGAAAAUAUAUUGUUCAAGUCACAGCUUUCAAUAAUGUCAGCCAGGUCUCCACACAACUGCUCACUGAGGUGAGAGAACUCCAGUGCUCACUCCCUCAGGUCACUUUAGUCCAGGGCCAAUCCACAAUCCUCAAGUCUAGAUCCAGCUACUUUGAAGCAAGCGUAGACAUCAAAGGCUGCACCGCAUACAAGACCAUGUACCUAUGGGAAGUGUUUAGGGGGAGUGGCUGUGGAGCUGACAAGACUGACAGCAAUCUGGUAACCCAAAGCAGUGGGCACCCAGUAAUCCAGAACAGCAGUGGACAUCCAGUAACCCUGAUUAACCUGGUGGGUGUGACUACACCACUGUUGUCCCUCCCUAAGCAGGCCCUGGAGGUGGGCCAGUACUGCCUGGGGUUCACUGUCUCUCUCCAGGGAACCCCUCUACGUCUGCACAGGACGUCCAGGCUGUCUGUGGUUCACAGCUCCCUGGUACCCAUCAUCAGGGGGGGAUCACAUAGACUGGUGUCAAGCCACAGUGACCUGAUCCUGGAUGGGUCAGAGUCCCAUGAUCCUGAUGUGGAUCUGGGAGAGGAAGGGGAGCUGAACUACCACUGGGAAUUCAUCACUGAGGUGGCGGUAUCUAAAGUUGCAGUGCUUCCUGUAAGUGUGGAGUGUGUUUCCUGCAGUAGUCUCUCUUCUUUCCGUGUCAGCCAGAGUCGCCCCAUUGUGCUCUCUGGUCGUUGUGAUAAGUGUGGCAGCCAUGUUCAGUACAAAUGGAGCGAAAAGGAUCAGAACGGCAUGACCCUUGACCUGAACGAGGUGACCACUACGGGCAGUCUCUCUCCUGAACUGGUGGUCCGACCGGGGGUGCUGCAGGAGGGGUGUAACUAUACCUUCACCCUAAAUGUUACCCACCCUGCUGGGGGAAGAUGGGGGUUUGCUAGCCUGACCCUCCUGCCCAACCCUCCACCCCAUGGAGGGGUGUGUACUCUUACUCCAGGUCCUGGGGAGAACAUACGCCUGCUGGAGACUGUGGUAACAUACAACUGCUCAGGUUGGCUGGAUGAGGAUAGUGAGUCCCCCCAGAUUAUCUAUAUUCUCCAGGUGGCGUCAUCAUGCCCAGGCUGGGGCCAAGCCUGUCCCCUUCUCACCCUCUACAGGGGUACCCAGCAUACAUUUGGCAGCCUGGUUCCUCUGGGGGAGGUGGGGCCAGAGAAGGACCGGUCAAUCAUCUCUGUGAUCCUGCAGGUAGAGGACCACCUGGGGUCAAAGGUCACAGCACUUAACAGAACUAUAACAGUGCUGAGACCUGUGGAUGGAGAUGGGAUCACAGCGUGGCUGAGGAACAAGAGCCAAACCGAACUAUCGGGUUUACUUCAACAGGGUAACCCACAGCAGCUCAUUCCCUAUUCCAUCGCCCUCACCAGCCAGCUCAAUCAGGUGGAUCAGACUUUGAGUGAGCAGGAUCUCAGGGACAGGAGGGAGAUCAGGGGGAAUGUGACACAGGCGCUGGCCUCUCUGUCUGUGUACUCUCUACAGGAUGCAGCCCAGAUCAGCUUAGCCCUGGCCCAGUCCACUGCAGUCCCAAGUGAGGUGGUGUGUGAGGGCUGUCAGGAGAAUGUUCUAGAAUCUGUGGGGAGAAUGAUCAGGGUUAUGGAAGAGCAGACGGGACUAGGAGAUGACACAGCCAUAGACACGGGCAGAAACAUCCUCCAUGUAAUAGGCAAUUCGUUGGCUGCUGUGUCCGAGUCCAAGCUCGUCUCCUCUGGUCCUCACACUCACUCUAAUGUAUCUGAAACGGCAGUGUCAGCCCUGGACCAUGCCAGGGCUCUCAUGCGUACUCUGAUGCGCUCGCGGCCACGCGACGAGGAACCCCUCUCUCUCUCUGCUCCACAGAUCAGUGCCGUUGGUUACCAUGGAAACCCCUCGGAACUCCUCUGCACCACUGAUCCCUCGGUCAACACCCGCCAAUCAAACCAGUCCAACAAAUGGCAAUUAAACCCUGACAAGCCAGAGUCAUACCCAGCACAUCCGCCCUGCCAGUUCCUCAUUCCCUCCUCUCUCAGUGCCCAGCUCCAGCGUCAGGUCCAGGGAUCUGAGGUGGUACAGAUUCUCCUGGGUUUGGAAGGGGGGUCUGAGUUCUUCUCAGCAGCCAACCCACCCAUUUCUACUUCUCUGGCUGCCAUGGAGUUCACCACGCCCCAGGGACAGCCCAUACCCAUUGCUAACCUGGACACUGACAGAUCUAUCAGGGUUACUUUGCCCAAAAUAUAUACUGUAGGAAGGAUCGGCGCUGGGCAUCGGGCUAGUGGUGGAAACGAGGGAAGAGCCCCAAUGGUUAACUUUACACUCCGAGCCAAAGGGUGGAUGGAUUUUACAGUGAGGGCAAUGAAGAAUAUGGAUCCCAAUGCUGGACUGUACAUCUCCUUAAACUUCAGCCUGCUUCCAGGAGCUUCUCUGGUGGGCUCAGGACAUGUGAGAAUCACAGUGGCCACCCAGCCAGGUCAUCCUGCCUCCCAUGAUUCCCUAGUCAGAGAGCUGACCCUCUCCCUCUCCAGCCAGUCAUCCAUGGAGGACACCAUCUUCCUCUCUCCUCUCUCUCUUUGUCAGUACUACAGCCCGAGGAAGAGGCGCUGGAGCACUGAGGGCCUCCGGCCACUGGAGGGCAGCACCCUCCACUCAGCACACUGCCUCACUCAGCACCUCACCAUGUUCGGGGCCAGUCUGUUUGUCCAUCCAGACGCUGUGGUGCUACUGCCACCGUCCAGUGGUCCAAUGCAUAAUGUAGUAGUGGGGAUUGUGUGUGCUGUCCUGGUUCUGAUCCACUUCCUCCUGGGUCUGAUCGCCCACAAACUGGACCACCUGGAGAGCCUGAGACUAUGCCAUGUACCACUGUGUGGCCGACCUGGACGCUACAUCUACAGAGUCCUGGUCAAAACAGGCUGGCGUCGAGGAGCAGGCACGACGGCCCACGUGGGCAUCAGUCUGUACGGGGUGACUAAAAGCGGUUCACGCCACCUGCAGUGGGAGGGGGCGUUCCAACGAAGUGGUCUGGACCUGUUCCACCUGGAGACGGACAGCAACCUGGGAGAGGUGUGGAAGAUACGCCUCUGGCAUGACAACACAGGUCUGGACCCAUCGUGGUACGUGCAGCAUGUGGUGGUGUGGGACCCUCAGACAGACCACCUGUUCUACUUCCUGGUAGAAGACUGGCUGUCUGUGGAGAACGACAGGAACGAGGGAGGAGGGACAGUGGAGAAGGAGAUGUUGGCCUCCUGUCCUGAGGAGCUGUCUCAGUUCCAACGUGUUCUCUCCUCCCAGCUGGCGUUUGGAAUGCUGGAGCGCCACCUGUGGCUCUCUCUGUGGGAACGCCCCGCCCACAGCCGCUUCAUGCGGGGGCAGAGGGUGACGGUGUGUGCCCUCCUGCUACACCUCUACCUCGCACUAGGGGCAUUGUGGUACGGGGCUGUGGGCACAGAGGGGCAUAGUGUACCGGUUUCGGCCCGGUUGCUUGUAACCUGGGAAACGGUUGCAGUGGGGAUGACUAUUGCCAUCCUGGUGUUUCCUCUCCAGUGUCUCCUCUGCUUCCUGUUGCGAAAGACUCACAGCCAGGUAGCGGUGGAUAUGUCAGUGCCUCCAUCCCCUGUGUGUCAGUCAGUGGAGAUGGGCGUCUAUCUCGGCCAAUCAGAUCUUUCCUGCUCCUCCUUCCUGUCUUUGCCUGGAGGACCUGAUCCGUCAGGCCUGGAUGGAGACACACCCUCUUCUCUGAUGGGAAGCAAGGCAUUCAACGCUGAGUUCUGGAAUGCCACUAACCUGGCAGUGGAGAAGGAUGGAGAUGGCAUGACCCUGUGGCCCUCCUGUGACAGCCUCACUGACCUCCCAGGGCCCUCCUGGGAAAUAACCUCUGACCCCUUGGGAUCAUCCCUGGGUCAUGCCCGUCUGCUGAAGAGGAAGAAAGCCCUGAUGAAGCUAUGCCUAGCCUCACCCUCCUCACCCCGAUUUCUCAUCUCCAACCCCCCACCCUCCUCUACUGCACCUGUGGGUCCAUCCCAAUCCCUGUCUGGCCUGCAUCCAGACCAGAGACACAACCUGCAACCCAAUGUCCUUACCCUGUCUGAGGAGGACCUGUUGAGGUCUAUAGCAGCAGACACAGGAGUGUCCAACAGUCCCUCAACAUCAGACAGCGGCCGCUACUCUCCCAGGACCACCUCUCUGUCCCACAGCCAGGGUAGCUCCCGCAGUGGCUGGUCUGAGCUGAGUGUGGACAAACCACUCUAUGGAACAGAGAUCCACAACCUCCCCUGCUCUCCCAUCUCUCUGUAUGGGACAGGGCUGUUUAGGCCUUCCUCAUCUCUCUCUGUCUACUCCAUCGCCAGUACCUUCCUCCCCAGCCCCUCCCCUGACUCCACUGACUCUACCACACGCAUAGGUGUGGCCCGUGGCAAGCCCAGCUGGCUGCUACCUCCCUGGGCACUGCAAGUAAUUUACCCCCUGGUUGUGUUGUUGCUGGGGGCCUGCCUGGCUGUAGUAGGCCUCUAUGGGAGUCACUUCUCUAGCUCAGUGGUCCUGAUGUGGCUCAUCUCAGCCCUGUCUGCCUUCCUCACCUCCGCUCUGCUGCUGGAGCCUCUCAAGGUGUGUGUGCAGGCCUUGUUCUAUGCUAUGGUGUUAAGGCCUGUAGACCCCGAGGUGAAUGAUCGGCUGGGGCAGGAGACCGUCAUUAAGAGGGAGGGGGGCAAGCAAGGGGGCAAGGUGCACCCCCCUUGUGGGUUCGGCCUACUGCAAGCCAAGGAGGAGGCCAGGAAAGUGAGAGCGCUACGGUCCCUCAUGAAGCACUGUGUGUGCCACAUGUUGUUCCUGUUGGUGGUGUUGAUGGUGAACUACCAGGACAGUGUUCAGGAGACCCAGGGAAGACUGCUACACUCUGCCGUCAAACACUCACUGACCACCAACCUCAACACCAUCACUGGGUGGGAGGGGGCGUGGCAGUGGAUGGACAACAUCCUGGUGCCCCACCUCCAUCAGAACCCCGCCCUCCACCUGGUGGGGUUACCACGGAUACGCUGUAUACACACUCCAGACCAUAAUAAUGGAGUCUUUCUGGGGAACAGCAGUUUUACCACACGCCAGCUUCUCUCUGGCCUACACAGCACACACUGGACCACAGCACAAUUAAAGGCUGUGUCCAUUGACUUCACCCAGUACCACAGAGAGACUAGUCUGUUUGUGUGUGUGUCUGUUCUACUAGAGAAGACCCAGAUACACACACUCAUCUCCUCCCUCUCCAUCCAUCCUCUACUCAUCCCCCCAUCCUCCUCAGGACCAGACCUGCAGAUUGCACUCAUGGUGCUCCUGCUCCUCUCUGCCCUCCUCUUUCUGGGGGUGGAGCUAUGGGCCAUGGCUACUGACUGUGCCCAGUACGUGCGUCAGGGCUGGCGCUGGCUACAGUUCCUCCUCGCCUCUUUGUCCCUGGCGAUGGCCGCGCUGCGAUUCUGCUUCCUGUCCCAGGCUGCUUCCUGUCUGUCUCAGCACCGCUCCAGACCAGACUCCUUCACUGAGUUCCACAGCGCCGCCCUGCUGGCCAGGAGGUCCACACAGAUAUCAGCCAUACUGCUCACUCUGCUGGUACUCAAGCUCUUCUCCAGGUCUGUGGAUGGGUUCCUGUCUGUGUACCAGGCUGGUGUGUCUGUGCUGUCUGUGCUGCGUGGUCGCCUGGUCCUGCAGAGGCUCAGCAGGGCUCACCCUGUCCUCGGACCCCUCUACGCCCUCUCUCUGCUGGGGCUGGGAGGUUGGCUGCUGGCCCGUCUCUCUGGAGCUGUUCUGCUCCGCACGUACAGGGUUGUGCAGGCUGAGAUGUACAGGCCAGCCAUGGAGCCCCAGGACUAUGAGAUGGUGGAGUUCUUCAUCAAAAGACUGAAGCUCUGGAUGGGACUCAUUAAGGCCAAGGAGUUCAGACACAGGGUGAAGUUUGAGGGCAUGGUGGUGCCUCCCUCCAGAUCAUCCCAAGAAUCCUGUCUCUCCACCCUCUCAUCCUCCCUCUCCUCCCCCCAUCCCCUGUCCUCCGCCCUCUCCCUGGGUUCCGAGGACUCGGGUAUGUCCGACGCGCCGGGCUUAGACGUUCAGCUCAACCUGGACCGCCUGCUGUCUUGCGUCAACGGUCUGCUUUCACGUUUCGACCGCGUCAACCAGCUGACUGCAGACGUUCACAGUCUGGAGACCCAGCUAGAGGAGGUGCAGAGCAGGAGGAGGAAGACGAGGCCGCGGGGACUUGGAAGAGGAGAAGAGACAAGAGAAGGAAGAGCAGUAGGUAGAGGGGUGAUGGGCAGGAGGACAGCUCUGCUACCCCCUCAUUCUCGCAUCUCCCUCCCUUCCUUUCCUCCUUCUUUCAACCCCAUUACCCUUCUCUCCUGCCCUCCCUCCACCAAUCCCUCCCUCCCUCGUGUUCACAGCUCCUACUCUGAGUCUGUCGUUCUCCAGCUUCACCCACACCCACCCAGGGACACUUACCUCUCUGAGGCAACCAAGCCCACACAAAGGAGCCCUGGCCUGGGCUUGGGCACCGGGCCUUCCGUGUGUCCUGGAGCCAGGCAGUUUCCUAGACGUCGAGCCUGGCACUCAGGGAGCUCUCACUCGGCUGAUGCAGCUCAGAGGCCCCCCCAGGCCCCUGGUGGUGGUGGUAGUGGGGUCAACACGAAGGCCAGGCCCUGUAGCGAGGAGGGGGACAGGAGACGCGCCAGUGAGGGAGUGCCUGUGAAGAGACGGGCCUGGAUCUCAGAGGGGCCUGAGACAGACAUAGACUGAAACUGAGAGAGGGACUGAGACAGAGAUUAAAGUGCCUAUUACUGUGGGUAUACAGUAUCUAGUGUAUGAACCUCUAAGGUUCCAGCUGUGACUUGUGCAGUACUACUUAAAGAGACAAGUUUUCCCACUGUUGUCUACCACUUUACUAGUGCUUCUGCAUUAGGUAUUCUACAUACGUAUGCUGAGGUUGUAUACCUUGUACUUCUUGUGUAUCUACUGUAUAGUAAACAUUUAAAUAGAGGAUUAUUUUGUAACCUCCAAGAACUGUGGAAUAUAUUUUUCCUGCUGAUUAAUACCAGAAGUAACAUUGGGUUUGGUGUUUAAUAUCCUCUAUCUGUAACAAGUA